GAAUCAAGUCCUACAUCGACGCCACACGUUCCUCUCUCAUGCAGGCCAUCGAGCUUGCCAAGUCCGAGAUGGCCUCCAGUGUCCAGCGCUCCGUCGGCUCGCUGGUCAGUACAAUCCAGUCCUCCUGCACGUCCCUGGGCACCCAGGUCGAGCGCCGUAUGGCUAGCGUCGAGUUCCAGGUUGCCGCCCAUCCUGAGAAGUUCAAAGAG